UUUUAUUAUUAUUGUUGCUAUUAUUUUAAAGGACUGGAGACUGAUGCAUGAGGGGCCCAAGGAGGCGCAGGAGCGGUGGUGAUGGUGUGGGAAGCGGAGCUGAAGUGCGCUGGGCUUUGGUGAGGAGUGACAGUUUAUCAUGACUGUGUUCAAGCAGGAAAACGUGGAUGAUUACUACGACACCGGCGAGGAACUUGGCAGUGGGCAGUUUGCAGUCGUGAAGAAAUGCCGGGAGAAAAGCACUGGUCUACAGUAUGCCGCCAAGUUUAUCAAGAAAAGGAGGACGAAAUCCAGCCGGCGGGGCGUGAGCCGCGAGGACAUCGAGCGGGAGGUCAGCAUCCUGAAGGAGAUCCAGCACCCCAACGUCAUCACCCUACAUGAGGUUUACGAGAACAAGACGGAUGUCAUCCUGAUCUUAGAACUAGUUGCAGGCGGCGAGCUGUUUGACUUCUUGGCUGAAAAGGAAUCUCUGACUGAAGAGGAAGCAACCGAGUUUCUCAAACAAAUUCUUAAUGGUGUUUACUACCUGCACUCCCUUCAGAUUGCCCAUUUUGAUCUUAAGCCCGAAAACAUAAUGCUUUUGGAUAGAAAUGUCCCUAAACCUCGAAUCAAGAUCAUUGAUUUUGGGUUGGCCCAUAAAAUUGACUUUGGAAAUGAAUUCAAAAACAUAUUUGGGACACCAGAGUUUGUUGCUCCUGAGAUAGUCAACUAUGAACCUCUUGGUCUUGAGGCAGAUAUGUGGAGUAUUGGGGUAAUAACCUAUAUUCUCCUAAGUGGGGCCUCCCCAUUUCUUGGAGACACUAAGCAAGAAACGUUAGCAAACGUAUCGGCCGUCAACUAUGAAUUUGAGGAAGAAUACUUCAGUAAUACCAGUGCCCUAGCCAAAGAUUUCAUAAGAAGACUCCUUGUCAAGGAUCCAAAGAAGAGAAUGACAAUUCAAGAUAGUUUGCAGCAUCCCUGGAUCAAGCCUAAAGAUACCCAGCAAGCACUUAGUAGAAAGGCGUCGGCAGUCAACAUGGAGAAGUUCAAGAAGUUCGCAGCCCGGAAAAAGUGGAAACAAUCCGUUCGCUUGAUAUCACUGUGCCAAAGAUUAUCCAGGUCGUUCUUGUCCAGAAGUAACAUGAGUGUUGCCAGAAGCGAUGAUACUCUGGAUGAGGAGGACUCCUUUGUGAUGAAAGCCAUCAUCCAUGCCAUCAAUGACGACAACGUCCCGGGCCUGCAGCACCUCCUGGGCUCAUUGUCCAGCUACGACGUUAACCAACCCAACAAGCAUGGGACGCCUCCGUUACUGAUCGCUGCUGGCUGUGGGAAUAUUCAAAUACUACAGUUGCUCAUUAAAAGAGGCUCAAGAAUCGAUGUCCAGGAUAAGGGCGGAUCCAAUGCCAUCUACUGGGCCUCUCGGCAUGGCCACGUCGAUACCCUGAAAUUUCUCAAUGAGAACAAGUGCCCUUUGGAUGUUAAAGACAAGUCUGGAGAGACAGCCCUUCAUGUGGCAGCUCGUUAUGGCCACGCCGAUGUGGUUCAGUUAUUGUGCAGCUUUGGCUGUAAUCCCAAUUUCCAGGACAAGGAAGAAGAAACCCCCCUGCACUGUGCUGCCUGGCACGGCUAUUACUCUGUGGCCAAAGCCCUUUGCGAAGCCGGCUGCAAUGUGAACAUUAAGAACCGAGAAGGAGAGACGCCCCUCCUAACAGCCUCUGCCCGGGGCUACCACGACAUCGUGGAGUGUCUGUCGGAACACGGAGCCGACCUUAAUGCCUCCGACAAGGAUGGACACAUCGCUCUUCAUCUUGCCGUGAGACGGUGUCAGAUGGAGGUCAUCCAGACUCUCAUCAGCCAGGGAUGUUCUGUCGACUUCCAAGACAGGCACGGCAACACCCCCCUCCACGUGGCCUGCAAAGAUGGCAACGUGCCUAUUGUGGUGGCCCUCUGUGAAGCCAGCUGCAACUUGGAUAUCUCCAACAAGUAUGGCCGAACGCCUCUGCACCUUGCGGCCAACAACGGGAUUCUGGAUGUGGUCCGCUACCUCUGUCUGGCGGGUGCCAACGUGGAGGCCCUGACCUCGGAUGGGAAGACAGCAGAAGAGCUUGCUAAAUCAGAACAGCACGAACAUGUAGCAGGUCUGCUUGCAAGACUCCGAAAGCACCCGUGCCCGAAGCAGCAGGGGUGGGACGAGAGUGUCCCGGGAAGGGACAGGGCGUGGGCCAGGCGGGAGGGGAGCAGGCACACAGGCUGCCCUGGUCUCACCACCUCCCGUCCACCUGCAGUGUCUGUGAGCAUCAGCAACCUGUACCCGGGCUGUGAGCACGUGAGCGUGAGGAGCCGCAGCAUGAUGUUCGAGCCGGGCCUCACCCGAGGGACCCUGGAGGUGCUGGUGGCCCCACCCCAGCACCCGCACUGCGCAGCUGACGACCAGUCCACUAAGGCCAUCGACAUCCAGAACGCUUAUCUGAACGGAGUCGGUGAUUUCAGCGUGUGGGAAUUCUCUGGAAAUCCUGUAUACUUCUGCUGUUAUGACUACUUUGCCGCAAACGACCCCACAUCCAUCCACGUCAUUGUUUUCAGUCUGGAAGAACCCUACGAGAUCCAGUUGAACCAAGUGAUCUUCUGGCUGAAUUUCCUGAAGUCUCUUGUGCCAGUUGAAGAGCCCAUCGCCUUCGGCGGCAAGCUGAAGAACCCACUGCACGUCAUCCUGGUGGCCACCCACGCUGACAUCAUGAACGUGCCUCGGCCGGCUGGAGGCGAGUUCGGAUAUGACAAGGACACGUCCUUGCUCAAGGAGAUCAGGAACAGGUUUGGGAACGAUCUUCACAUUUCAAACAAGCUGUUUGUUCUGGAUGCUGGCGCUUCGGGCUCUAAGGACAUGAAGGUCCUUCGAAGUCACCUGCAAGACAUCCGGAGCCAGAUUGUGUCGGUGUGCCCUCCGAUGACCCACCUGUGUGAGAAAAUCAUGUCCACGCUGCCUUCCUGGAGGAAGCUCAACGGGCCCAACCAGCUCAUGUCGCUGCAGCAGUUCGUGUACGACGUGCAAGACCAGCUGAACCCACUGGCCAGAGAGGGAGACCUCAGGCGCAUAGCCCAGCAGCUGCACAGUGCUGGCGAGAUCAACAUCAUGCAGAGUGAAACGGUCCAGGAUGUGUUACUCCUGGACCCCCGCUGGCUCUGCACCAAUGUCCUGGGGAAGCUGCUCUCCGUGGAGACCCCACGGGCCCUGCACCACUACCGGGGCCGCUACACCGUGGAGGAUGUCCAGCGCCUGGUGCCCGACAGUGACGUAGAGGAGCUGCUGCAGAUCCUCGAUGCCAUGGACAUCUGCGCCCGGGACAUGAGCAGCGGGACCAUGGUGGACAUCCCUGCCCUGAUCAAGACAGACAACCUCCACCGCUCCUGGACGGACGAGGAGGACGAGGGGAGGGUCUACGGCGGCGUGCGCAUUGUCCCCGUGGAGUACCUCACCCCCUUCCCGUGCGGCAUCUUUCACAAGGUCCAGGUGAACCUCUGCCGGUGGAUCCACCAGCAGAGCUCCGAGGGCGACGCAGACAUCCGCCUGUGGGUGAACGGCUGCAAGAUUGCCAACCGUGGGGCCGAGCUGCUGGUGCUUCUCGUCAACCACGGCCAGGGCAUUGAGGUACAGGUGCGAGGGCUGGAGACGGACAAGAUCAAGUGCUGCCUCCUGCUGGACUCCGUGUGCAGCACCAUGGAGAACGUCAUGGCCACCACGCUCCCGGGGCUGCUGACGGUGAAGCAUUACCUGAGCCCCCAGCAGCUGCGGGAGCACCAUGAGCCCGUCAUGAUCUACCAGCCGCGGGACUUCUUCCGGGCGCAGACCCUGAAGGAGACCUCACUGACGAACACCAUGGGUGGGUACAAGGAGAGCUUCAGCAGCAUCAUGUGCUUUGGGUGUCACGAUGUGUACUCGCAGGCCAGCCUAGGGAUGGACAUCCAUGCCUCAGAUCUGAACCUCCUGACCCGGAGGAAACUAUGUCGUCUCCUGGACCCCCCUGAUCCCAUGGGAAAGGACUGGUGCCUUCUCGCCAUGAACUUGGGUCUCCCUGACCUUGUGGCGAAGUACAACACCAAUAACGGGGCUCCCAAGGAGUUCCUCCCAAGCCCGGUCCACGCCCUGCUCCGGGAAUGGGCCUCCUACCCAGAAAGCACAGUGGGCAUCCUCAUGUCCAAACUGCGGGAGCUGGGGCGUCGGGACGCGGCGGACUUUCUACUGAAGGCGUCCUCCGUGUUCAAGAUCAACCUCGAUGGCAAUGGCCAGGAGGCCUAUGACUCAAGCUGCAACAGUGGCACGUCCUAUAAUUCCAUUAGCUCCGUCGUGUCCCGGUGAGGGCAGCCUUUGGCUUGGGCAGGGUGUCUUUGGACUGCAGACCAGGGGGACGUGGCCCCUCUCUCCCAUCGGAAAUUCAGGGUGCAUCCUCCCUGUGCCCACAUACUGAAGGACGCCACCCUCCCUCCUGCUUUACCAAUUUCUCUGUCACUACCUCCCUCCCACUCACACACUCCAGUGUAUGUGAAUGGUCUUUCUAGUUUCAGAGCAGACCAUACAUAACCCUGUCCCUUGGCCAUUUGAGAAACUAGUGUCCCUCCUCUCUGCGUUCUGGAUCCACUCUCAUCUCCAGCACCUUGCUUCUUGCUGAUAAUUUUACCGGAAUUCCUAACUUUCAAUGAAUUUUUUAAACUACUGUAUGGAUUGUCCUUUAAAGAAAAAAAAAAAGCACACAUUUAUCCAAAAUGUGUAUUUGUUACCCUCUUUGCCUUGUUAGACCAUGUCCUCAGCUUCUCUCUUUGAUAUUUGUAGGAAGGACUCCUAUGUGUGGAAUCCCGCUGUAUGACUGAUAAACAGACAACAUGUGAGUGCCUUUGCAGAAGAGGGUGUGUUUGAGACCAUCCAGGUCAGCCAGGAGCUGUCGCGAAGGAGACGCUCCCUCUCUGUCCCUUGCUGUCUGCUGAUCAUCGCCAGAGGUGCUUCACCCUGAGUUUUUUUUUCCCCCAGUAAUUCUUGUGUUUCACUUGGCAAGGAAAGGGGAGGACGGAAUCCUCCUCUAGAGUCAUUUUACAGCCAGUGUUGUUUUCACGGAAAGACAUGUCUUUGUUGUUCUUGUUUAAACGUCAAUGUGCGCGUCCACGCGGCACCUGCACACUGUCACCCUGCCUCAUUCCCGCGCAUCUCAGGUAGAAGGUGACACAGCUGUAGGUGAGGAAGGCCUGUGGGACAACUCAGAACACCCCUGACCCGUGACGUGUGACAGUCCGUUGUCACAGGUGCACAGUAGAUGAUUUUCACAUUUAGAUCCUGGUUCCAUAACUUCAUGUACUUGAAGUCUAACAAGAUGAAGGAAGCCAGUUUCCUUGCAGUGAUUUUAAAUUGUGAUAGAGUAUUAAGUUGAUAUGAGGGAACGUGUCCUAAUUCUUCUGUCCUGGGAAGCAUGUAAUUUUAAUGUUACAUUACAUGUGUGUAUAUGUGUGUAUAUGUGUAUAUAUAUAUGGAGUAUGUAUAUACAUAUAUAUGAAUACAGGUAUUUUUACUUAAUCUAUACAAUGUAGUAAAAAGAUGUUGGGUUUUCUUUUCUGUUCUCUUUUUUUCUUUUCCCUUUUUUUAAUAUAAAUAAACUAUUGCUUGUUGCAUU